AAAACUGGCGAGGUCAGAGCUGCACAUAACACCGGUAAGUGAAAGGCACGGAAUCGCAUCUGGAGACUUUCAGUAGGAACCUGUGAGGGCCCCCUGUCUGAGGUGCUGUCACUGUGCCCCCUGAUGGCUGUCCGGCUGCUCAAAAUCUCCUCCUUGGCCACUGCAGUGUUUGCGUCUUCUGGGGUUUACCUCUACAGCAAGCAGUUUGAUAUCAAUGACUUGAGUUUGAUUCGGUUUGGACGGGCUGCUGCAACAACAGCUGUCAUCAGCUACGACUACCUGACGGCUUUCAAAGAUGUGGAACACGGAACUGAGGAGUACUUGGCCCUCAAAUCUGUGGUGCAUCGGCGUUCCGCCGAGCGACUCCGAGACUUAUGCUGUGCAAACAGAGGAACCUUCAUUAAAGUGGGACAGCACAUUGGCGCUCUUGACUACUUGCUCCCAGAAGAGUACACGUCCACUCUCAAGGUUCUCCACAGCAAGGCUCCUCAGAGCAGCAUGGAGGAGAUCCAGCAGGUCAUCAGAGAGGACCUGGGCAAAGAGCUGUCAGAGUUGUUUGUCUCCUUUGAGAAGGAGCCCCAGGGUGCCGCCUCUUUAGCCCAGGUCCACAGGGCUGUGCUGCGUGAUGGGCGGAUGGUUGCAGUGAAGGUCCAGCACCCCAAGGUGCAGAAACAAAGCUCCAAAGACAUUCUGGUUAUGGAGGUUCUGCUGAAGGUGGUCCACCACCUCUUCCCAGACUUUGCCUUUAUGUGGCUUGUGGAGGAGGCCAAGAAAAACAUGCCAUUGGAACUGGACUUCCUCAAUGAAGGACGCAACGCAGAGAAAGUGGCUAACAUGCUAGCCCACCUCCCCUUCCUGAAGGUUCCAACGAUCCACUGGGACUUGUCCACAAAAAGAAUCUUGACAAUGGACUUUGCAGAAGGCGGCCAGGUCAAUGACAGGGAAUACAUGAAGAAGCAUGGCAUUCAAGUGAACGAGAUUUCAGAAAACCUGGGUAAAAUGUACAGCGAGAUGAUUUUCAUCCAUGGUUUCGUCCACUGUGACCCUCACCCUGGCAAUGUGCUUGUCAGAAAGUGUCCGCAGAGCAAGAUGACUGAGAUUGUCCUGCUGGACCAUGGACUUUAUCAGGUACUGCAGCCUGACUUCAGGAUGAACUACUGUCGCCUGUGGCAGUCUUUGAUUCAAGGCAACAUGUCUGGAGUGGAGCGGUAUUCUCGCAAACUUGGUGCAGGAGAUCUCUACCCUCUGUUUGCCUGCGUACUCACCGCUCGCUCCUGGACCGCUGUCAACGCUGGCAUCAGUUCAGUGCCCGUGACACACUCUGAGGAUGUUGAGAUUCGAACCAACGCAGCCCUCUAUUUGCCCCAGAUCAGCGAUCUCUUGAACAGAGUCCCACGACAGAUGCUGUUGCUGCUCAAGACCAACGACUUGUUGAGAGGGAUCGAGACUACAUUAGAGACCCGAGCUUCCUCCUCCUCUUUCAUUAAUAUGUCACGUUGCUGCAUACGUGCUCUGGCCAGACACAAGAGGAGCAAGACCACCUCAAGGAAAGUUCGUCUCCGUAUCUCACUGGCAGAGUCGUUCAACCUGUGGAAGCUCAGCUUGUAUGAAUUCUUGCUCUGGUUCAAGAGCUCUAUGUUGGGACUCGGGCUAUCCGCUCUGCUGGGACUCUGCUGGGACUCAUCGUAGACUGGCAUGAGGACACAUCAUCUUCUACAUCGGGUCCUCUAGUCAACAUUGGUACAUCUGCACAUAGGAUGUUUUCUCAUGUUUGCUGGAGUCCAUGAGAACACACUCCCAUCUUGUCUUCAAAGUGAUGUCACAUGUGCACAAGUAAAAUGGUUUGCAAAGUUAAUCUUCCCACAGACAUUUGUGGAGGUUAAAUUGGCUGACAUGUGAUGGGACUGUUCACUAUUAACUGUACUUUGUGAGUACAUUCAUUUGUACACACACAAACCAACUGACCAAUUUGUUCUCAGUCCAGUCACCUUGUAAACAUACUCCACUGGACUUCAUCUUGUCUACAUGUGGAGAAUUAAGCUUGCGCUUUAUUGAUCUAACGUCGAUAGCUGUAUAGAUUUAACUUCAUGACUUCUAUCUUAGAAUAAGUGUUCCCUCUAAUGCUGAUAUCAGACUGAGUAAAUUAUGAAGACAGCUGGACUGAGAAAGUUGUGAAGACAGCUGCACUGGAAUAUCAUUUACUGUCAUGAAAUAGACCUCCACGUACUGUACUUAGCCAAGCUUUGUUUCCGAUGUUAACAAAUACAGCAUACAUUCAUUUGACGUUCAAAUGAGUUUACUCAG